AAAAAGAAAGGGAGCGGAAAGAGAGAGAGAGAGAGAGAGAGCGAGAUCUAUCUAUCUAUCUGAGUGUUGUAAUUGAAUUGAAUUGGAAAAAGAAUUAGAAUGCGUGGUGUGUUGUGUAGGGUUUGAACGAAUUCAAGUGUCUGUCUGUAGAUCGAUCUUCUCUUUUCUUGCGAUACUAACUAAAAUGGACUACAGGAAAAUCAAAGACCAGAAAGAUAUUGAUGUGGAGGCAGCAGCGAAGGACGACGUUGAAGAAUCAUAUCCAUUUGUCCCUUCUGCCUCCUCCUCCAUUGGAGAACCCAAAAUUGACAUAAACAGGAUCAAACCACAGUGGAAGCGCAAGUCUCUGGUUACAUUUGCAUUGACUAUUCUUACUAGUUCCCAAGCCAUUCUAAUCGUCUGGUCCAAGAGAGCUGGCAAGUAUGACUAUAGUGUUACUACUGCUAACUUUUUGGUUGAAACUUUAAAAUGUGCUAUUUCCAUCAUCGCUCUUGCAAGUGCUUGGAGAACAGAAGGUGUUACCGAGCAAAACAAGUUGACUGCGUCUUUAAAAGAAGUUAUAGUCUAUCCUAUCCCAGCAGCACUUUACCUUUUCAAAAACUUGCUUCAGUAUUACAUCUUUGCAUAUGUAGAUGCUCCUGGCUAUCAGAUAUUAAAAAACUUAAAUAUUAUCACUACAGGCGUGCUCUACAGAAUUAUACUUAAGAAAAAGUUGAGUGAGAUUCAGUGGGCUGCUUUUGUUCUACUAACUGCUGGGUGCACAACAGCUCAGUUGAAUUCUAAUUCUGAUCAUGUUCUUCAAACUCCUGUUCAAGGUUGGGUGAUGGCAAUUGUCAUGGCUCUCUUGAGUGGUUUUGCAGGAGUAUAUACUGAGGCUAUUAUAAAAAAGCGCCCUUCGCAGAACAUAAAUGUUCAAAACUUCUGGUUGUAUGUCUUUGGCAUGGGCUUCAAUGCUGUUGCAAUAUUGGUUCAAGAUUUUGAUGCAGUGGUGAACAAGGGAUUCUUUCAUGGAUAUUCAUUCAUUACCUUUCUCAUGAUUUUCAACCAUGCACUCAGUGGAAUUGCUGUAUCAAUGGUAAUGAAAUACGCUGACAACAUUGUGAAGGUGUAUUCUACUUCAGUGGCAAUGCUUCUUACAGCAGUUGUUUCUGUAUUCCUGUUUGGCUUCCAUCUCUCCCUAGCCUUCUUCCUUGGAACAAUUGUUGUCUCCGUUUCAAUUUAUCUGCACUCUGCUGGGAAGAUGCAACGAUAACUAUGACUGCUGCCCUAUAUUUUUCCAACAAGGGAUAUUUUUGUUUAUUUAUCCGUAGUUGAUUAGCCUCAUUUCAAAUGCUAUUUUGAAACUUUAGUUCAAGUGUUAGUGUAUACUUUGAAACCCAUCUUUGGUGUAUCUCAACAAAGACGGAAUUGGGUUCUUGAAAGGUGAUAUGCAAGUUCCACCAGAAGCUCUUAUCAGAGCCUAUGCAUUGCCUUUAAAGUGAAAUAACCUUCAUCCCCCCUCCCAUAUUUUUUGUUUCAAAGGUUUAAGCAAUGCUAUAAUUAAGCAAUGUGCUUGUGUGUGUGUGUGUGUGUGUCACGUGAUUUGUGGCGAGGGGUGUGUGUAUAUUACAUUUUCACGAUCCAGUUUUGGUAUCUUACUCAGUUAUUGUGAUUAUCUCAUAAA